UGCGAAACACAUGUAGGACGAAACCGUCCGAUCCGACGUGUGAACUGCCGGAAUGACCUUUGGGGGCAAGGGUGUUCGUAGCUCCGGAGAGCGUUAAAAACCCUUGUUUCGGACCGUCGUGUUGCCUGAUCGGACGUCGGAUCGGACAGUUUUGUCGUACAUGUGCUUCACACUUAAUCAAUUACAAACAAAAAAUUAUCUAGUGAAUCAUAAGUGCACAUUUGUCUGCUUAUAUGUUGCUGAGAUGACCGAGGCGUCGAGUUCUAUGGACACCAUCGCCAUCACCGCCUCGUACCACGGGCCCAGGCCCGACCUAGGACAGUCAACGCCCUAGCCCGAGCCCGGCCCAGGUCUGCGCAGCCCAAAACCCGAGCUUGGCGAGGCCCCAUCAGAAUCCACCUUGCCCGACCCAGGCUUUCGGAAAGCAAGGCUGCUCUUCUGGACCAAUUGAUCAAGAAGAAACGGGCUAUACCACGAAUUAUUGAUCCACCAGAAGAGCCUAUAGAGGUGGAUGAGGCAUCAACUUCCAAAGAAAAGCACACUAUGCACGCAGCAGCUCACAGGGCCCAGAUGAAAGACAUGUUAGAUGAGAAGAAAAGAGAGGAGGAAGGCAAGGAGAUAAGGCACCAGAGAGUCGUAGCAAAGAUGCAGAAAAAGAUUGACUUCCUUGAGGACGAGCUUCUUUGGGAGCGUCAGCUCUCCAGAAGUCUGACAGAUGCACUCCUUAAAGGGCGUGCGCAGUAUGCGUCUUCAUCAGCAUCGGCCGCGGAACCCAAACCUCGGAGGGCUACCUUCCUUGCUGAGGUAGACACCAGUCAGCCAAGCACGUCCAAGCAGCAAAGCUGCCAUUUUGGAGCAGCUGCAACUUCUCCCGGAAUUGUUUUUGAGAGCUUGGAUGGCAAGGUUCAGAAAAUUGCAAUGCAAGAUAUCUGGGUAAACAGUGUAUUUGAAAAUGACCCUGCCAUAGAGUUUGUUACUCUGGAACAAGCCACUUCACAGGCACAAGCUUCUGGAGAGAAACAACCAGCUGCAACUGCCGCCUCGCAUGAUCUUGCAGAAAUCCUACUAGAUGCUGCUGUGGAGGAUCCCGAAGAAAACCUACCAGAUGCUGCUGCGGAGGAUUCCGAAGAAGACCUACCAGAUGCUGCUGUGCAGGUUCCCCAAGAGAACCCCCCACCCGCUGUUGCGCAGGCUCACCAUCUUCAGCCUUCCUAUGAGUAUGACUCGGACAUUGAGUUCAACGUCGUCGAUGGCCAGCUUUGCGUCCAUCUGGACGCAACGACCGAUGCCGCUGUUUUUCACAACAUAUUGCACGGAGACAUUGUGAACUACCUGUGUUUUUCCGUCAGCUACGUGACUGUUAAAGUGAUGAAGGCGUUCAAAUCGUUGGCAUCUCACAUUUACUUCACCAGUGAUGGGGUGAAAGGUGUACCGGCAUGA